CCCUCCGUUGUAAUUAGGACACACGAAAACCACAAGAAAAAACAUAACAUGGCUAGUGCUAAAUCUUUGAGUCCUUGUCUCCUUUUGAUCUCUUUUCUCCUGCUCGCUGCUUCUUUUUCUGCCAUCGAAGCUCAAAAACGACCUCCUAUCAAGAAUGGCCUCUCAUGGUCCUUCUACAAGAAGAGCUGCCCUAAAGUUGAAUCCAUUAUCCAAAAAGAGCUCAAGAAAAUCUUCAAGAAAGAUGUUGGUCAAGCUGCUGGCUUGCUUCGUCUCCACUUCCACGACUGCUUCGUGCUGGGAUGCGACUCGUCGGUGUUGCUGGAUGGAUCAGCAGGUGGACCCAGUGAGAAGUCUGAGCUUCCUAACUUGAGUUUACGUAAACAAGCUUUUAAAAUCGUCAAUGAUCUUAGUUCCCUUCUUCAAAAGGAGUGUGGCCCCGUCGUCUCUUGCUCCGACAUCGUCGCCCUCGCCGCCCGCGACUCCGUCGUCCUGACAGGCGGGCCAGACUAUGACAUUCCACUGGGAAGAAGAGACGGAACUAAAUUUGCAGAAGUGAACGCAACUUUCGAACACUUAGUAGGACCACAAGCCAGAGUUGAUGAAAUCCUCAGGAAGCUUGACAGAAAAGGCCUUGAUGCUACUGAUGCAGUUUCCCUUUCCGGCGGCCACACUAUCGGAAUCGGACACUGCACUUCUUUCACCGAGCGUCUCUAUCCAGUUAGAGAUGCUACAAUGGACCAGACUUUUCAUAAAAAUCUCAUGCUAACUUGCCCUAAACUAGACACCCACAACACUACCAAUCUAGACCUGAGGUCUCCAAACAAAUUUGACAACAAAUAUUUUGUCGAUCUCAUGAACCGUCAAGGUCUGUUUACUUCCGACCAAGAUUUGUACACCGACAAGAGGACAAGGGGCAUUGUUACUAGCUUUGCUGUGAAUGAAACUCUGUUCUUUGAGAAGUUUGUGGUGGGUAUGCUAAAGAUGGGGCAAUUAGAGGUGUUGACCGGUAACCAAGGGGAAAUUCGUGUUAAUUGCUCCGCGAUGAACCCGAGGAAGAAAUAUAUCGUGUCUGUUGCUGAAGAGGAUUCGGAUUUGGAUUCGGGUAUGGGUUCGUUAUCUGAGAUGAGAUGAAUCGUAAUGGCUAGAUAGGAAGAUGGUAUAUGGGGGUCGGGUUUGUGGAUGUUUGAUGUUGUGAAUGUUGCUUCUUCUCAAUAAAUUGGUUGGCCUUGUCGGGUCAGCUGUAAUAAAUUUUGUUGUGAUA